UUUUGGGCCCACUCUAAAGUUCAAGGCCUGUUAAGAAAAUAGCAAGCCAGAGAGAAGAAACAAAGCAUCAAUCGUCGUCCGUCCAUCGUUCUUCUCCUUCUCUCUCUCUCUCUCUCUCUCUAUAGAACUCUCAGCUCAGAAACCCUAAUGGAUGUUAGGCGGCGUGAAAGUAGGACGGAAGCAAGUAACAGAGAGAAACGGAUUAACGAGAAGGAUCAGAUGAAUCAAGAGUCUUUCAUUGAGGAGCUUGCAGAAGAGUUUAGAUUGCCAAUAACACACAGGGUGACUGAGAAUGUUGAUCUUGAGGAUGUGGAGCAAGCAUCACUAGACACAAUGAUAUCAUCUUCAAACGUUGGGUUCCGUCUUCUUCAGAAGAUGGGUUGGAAAGGGAAAGGUCUCGGCAAGCAAGAGCAAGGGAUAACGGAGCCUAUAAAGUCCGGUAUAAGGGACCGAAGGCUCGGUUUAGGGAAGCAGGAAGAGGAUGAUUAUUUCACUGCGGAGGAAAACAUCCAAAGGAGGAAGCUUGAUAUUGAGAUCGAGGAGACUGAGGAGAUCGCUAAGAAACGGGAGGUCCAAGCAGAACGUGAGCUGAAGAUUGAGAGCGAUGUCAAAGAAAUACGCAAAACCUUCUAUUGUGAACUCUGCAGCAAGCAGUAUAGAACUGUGAUGGAGUUUGAAGGUCACUUGAGCUCGUAUGAUCACAACCAUAAGAAGAGAUUCAAAGAGAUGAAAGAAAUGCAUGGUGCAAGCAGCCGCGAUGAUAGGAAGAAGCGAGAGCAGCAGCGUCAAGAGAGGGAGCUGACUAAAAUGGCUGAUGCUCGUAAACAACAGCAGAACAUGCAAGAAGACCCAGAGAAUGCCCCAGUUCAAUUACCUACAAAGACCACUCUUGCACCACUUGUUGUCCAAGAUCAGCGGAAGUCUUUGAAAUUUGGCUUUUCUUCAAAAAGCGGCAGUACAUCAAAGAACCAACCCAAGAACAGCAUCAAGAAGCCUAAGAUAGCAAUUGCAUCGGUUUUUGGCAACGAUAGCGACGAAGACUAAGGUUUACAUGCAUCAUCGAGAAUAUUGUACUAAAUGUAAUUCUAUUUUAUGGUUCUUCCUUUCACUCUGAACAUGGUCUGAAAAAAUCUUCACAUCUCAGGACCACAACAUAGCCUUGCAACCUUUUGUUUUCAUUAAAGGAAAUCUUAAAAGACAUUUUGGCUAGACUAA